AUGUUCGCUCGUCAGACUUUCCGCUGUGCGCAGCCUCUACGCCAGAGCUUCCGCAAAUACUCCGCGGAGGCUGCCCCCAAAAAGUCCUCGCUGACUCCCGUCUACGUGUCGGUCGGUCUCGCUGGGCUGGGUGCUGGUAUCUACCGCUACAGCACCGGCUCUGUUGCGGAGCCCAAGGACCGCCCCAAGGUUUUCAAUGGCGAAGAAUGGGUGGACCUCAAGCUAGCCGGUGUUGAGGACCUCAGCGGCAACACCAAGAAGCUUCGUUUCGAGUUCGAGAACAAGGAGGCUGUUUCUGGCCUCAGCGUGGCCUCUGCCCUGCUGACCAAGUUCAAGCCCGAGGGUGCUGAGAAGCCCAUCAUUCGUCCUUACACCCCUACUAGCGAUGAAGACACCCCCGGCUACCUCGAGCUCGUGAUCAAGGCGUACCCCAACGGCCCCAUGUCCGAGCACAUCCACUCGCUGAACGUUGACCAGCGCCUGUCGAUGAAGGGCCCGAUCCCCAAGUACCCGUGGGAGGCCAACAAGCACAACCACAUCUGCCUGAUCGCCGGUGGCACGGGUAUCACCCCCAUGUACCAGCUGGCGCGCCAGAUCUUCAAGAACCCCGAGGACCGCACCAAGGUGACGCUGGUGUUUGGCAACGUGACCGAGAAGGACAUUCUGCUGAAGAAGGAGCUCGAGGAGCUGGAGAACACCUACCCCCAGCGCUUCCGUGCCUUCUACGUGCUUGACAACCCGCCCAAGGAAUGGACCGGCGGCAAGGGCUUCAUCAGCAAGGACCUGCUGAAGACCGUGCUGCCCGAGCCCAAGGAGGAGAACAUCAAGCUGUUUGUUUGCGGCCCGCCUGGUCUGUACAAGGCCAUCAGUGGUACCAAGAACAGCCCCAAGGACCAGGGUGAGCUCAGCGGCAUCCUGAAGGAGCUGGGCUACAACAAGGACCAAGUCUUUAAGUUCUAG